GUGUGGAAAGAUGGUCCUGACAUGUGCCUUCCUGGUAGACUUUCUGACCCUGUCUCUGGCCUCCUUCUUCUUAGAGCCCCCAUAGCGAUCGGAGUCGCUGCCAUGUCCACAGCUGAGAUGCUGACUUCAGGCCUGAAGGGAAGGGGCUUCUCUGUACUGCACACUUACCAGGACCACUUGUGGCAAUCUGGGGACAAGUCCUGUCCACCUUCCAUUGCUCCACUGGCACUGGAUCCCACAGAUCUCAGUGAAGACAAGGGGUCUGUCCAGGUGGACCCCACCCUGCAGGAGGAUGUGAGGCGCCUGACCCUGGAGGGAGAGGAGGAGAUUGGGGAGGUUCAUCAGGCGUGUGGGGAGAAGUCCCUCUCAGAAGCCUCAGAAGACACCAGUGCUGGGGCCCCGAACCAAGACUCCACAGACAGCAAAACCCUUCGAGAGCAAAUGGAUGAACUGUUACAGCGAUGCUUCUUGCAUGCUCUGAAGUGCCGAGUCAAAAAGGCUGACCUGCCUUUACUCACCAGCACUUUUCUUGGCAGCCACAUGUUCUCCUGCUGCCCCGAAGGACGACAGCUGGACAUAAAGAAGUCAAGCUACAGAAAGCUCUCUAAGUUCCUGCAGCACAUGCAGCAGGAGCAGGUUAUACAGGUGAAGGAGCUGAGCAAAGGGGUGGAGAGCGUUGUGGCUGUGGACUGGAAACACCCGAGGAUCACAUCUUUCGUCAUACCCGAGCCCUCCCCGAGCUCCCCGACUAUCCAGGAGGGUAGCAGGGGACAGCCCUAUCACCCUCCAGAUAUAAAAUCCCUCUACUGUGUCCCAGCCAGCAUGACCCUGCUCUUCCAGGAGUCUGGCCACAAGAAGGGGAGCAUGCUCGAGGGCAGCGAGGUCCGAAUGAUCAUCAUUAACUACGCCAAGAAAAAUGACCUGGUCGAUGCAGACAACAAGAAUCUUGUGAAAUUAGAUCCCAUCUUAUGUGACUGCAUCUUAGAGAAGAAUGAACAGCACACAGUCAUGAAACUUCCAUGGGACAGUCUCCUGACCAG